ACACCAUCUAGUGGUUAUGAGAAACACUGCAUCCUGCUAUACAAUCCAUAUAACUAAAUCGGCAUUAAUGCCGAGCAAGAUGACACAAAAGUUCACGCUGUCUGUCGUAUUGAUGAGGUCAUUCGUGCAAACGGCAGAAAAAAACAUUCUGACCCAGUUAUGAAAAAUAAAUCCACGACUGUAGACUACAUUGAAAACACCUGCUAGCGUAAAGCGUGCAACGGAGAGCAAACGUUGCCCACAUGUUUUCACAGCCGUGUGAAAUGUAGAGUGACGUAAGAACCGAUCUUACUUCUCACUUUCACAGAAAUACUUUUCAGUGCUAAAGAAGCAGACAGUGAAGAGGAACGGCGAAAAUGAACAAGUUCGCUGCGUUUUUUCUGUGUCUGGCCUUGCUGGUCGUCCUAACAGAUGCCUCUCCCAUCAUCAAAGAGAAUCUAGCCAAGCAGCUUCUCCGAAGCAAGCGACAGGAGCAGCCCAGAAAGGCGGGCUACACCGACGAGCCAAUGAGGGAGCACAUGCUGCAGAUGCAGAGGCUGGAGCAGAGGGCUCGUGAGACCAACCUGGAGCACUGGCUCAAUCCCCACUGCUACCCUCACUGCGACAGGAACUAUGGCCACCCCGUGUGACCCUAAGGACCGCUACACCAAGUGUCAACACAGAGGGACUCUGAAGCUAACAAGAUGAAGAUGAAGCAUUUCGGAUAUGCCAAUAAGAAGCAUUCAAGCGUGUCUAGGCGCUCUCUGCUUCGUCCUUAUUCGUAAAUGUGUCGGCCAUUGUGUCCUCAGCAGGGAUGCUGUCCAGCCACGUAUAGAGUAUAUAUUUAAUAUUAAUUCAAGGCAAUGCUUUAGUACACUAGGACACUAGUAGAUCCCUAUCUGAACUUUGUUGUGCUGCCAUUAGGAGGGCAAGUGGGGACUCUGCUGAAUAUAGAGAGGAGCAAGAUAUCUAGACAUUAUGUUUAAUAUGUUUAGCCCACAAUAAGUGCUUUUAAAAAUAUGAACUAAUAAAAUG